AUGCUGCUAAAGGCAAAACGAUUGUACGAGCUAGCCUACAGCGUACAUGAUAUGGAUCACGAUCCGUUGUUUCAGUUUGCUGUGAUCAACAACAUUGCCAUGAUUGAGCAAAUGCUUGGAAACACGGCCGUGUCCGAUGAUUGCAUGGACUACUUGGUAUCACUAUUCAUGCUUUUGUUGGACCAAGGAUUCCAUACACACUUCCACCAUGUCCGAGGCUUUGUGGCCAAUCUUCCAUCGAAUUCUAAUUUCGCAGUUGCAGCAUAG